AAAAAAGGAUCAAAUGCGUUUGGACAUGGUCUAUAGAAGAAAGAAGGCGGCAAGGGCGAGGUUUGGUUGGAUGAUGAGUUGGGUGGCUUUAAUUUGUUUAGUCGUGGACAUUGACUGCCUAUCCCCUCUUUGAAUCAGUUUAUUCUUCGAUGUAAUCUAUGCCGUUAACUCAUACCACCACCAAAGACGCUACCUUUAAAGAAAUCUCAUUGAAUUUUCAUCCCACCACCAAACGCAUUUACAUACCAGGACAAAUUCACACAGACAGAGAGAGAGAGAGAGAGAGACAGACGGACAGAAAUGGCAAUUGGGAUAUUGGAAGUGAUGUUGGGGAAUGCAAAAGGCCUUGGAUGCUCUGAUUUCUUUGGUGGGAUGGAUCCAUAUGUUCUGGUUCAAUACAAAAGCCAAGAGCACAAGAGCAGCGUGGCCCGAGUCGAGGGUAAGACUUCAGUGUGGAAUGAGAAAAUUGCAGUCAAGGUAGAAUAUCCAGGAGCAGAUGAACACUACAAGCUCAUUCUGAAAAUCAUGGACAAGGACACCUUCUCUGCUGACGACUUCAUCGGUCAAGUCACGAUCUACAUACGGGACCUAUUAGCACAAGGAGUUGAUAACGGGACAGCUGAAUUACCCUCUCAGAAGUACAGCGUUGUGACUGCAGAUCAAAGUUAUCUCGGAGAGGUUCAAGUUGCUCUUACUUUUACUGCCAAGGUGCCGGAGGAGAUUGAUAUGGAAGAAGUCGGAGGAUGGAGGCAAAGCGAUUAUUAAUCGAUUAGCUUACAAGAAGUUGGUGCAUUUUAGGAAUAAUUCUAGGAUUUACUCUUGAGUUGUAUAAUCUGAAAGCUAUGGAUCAUGGAUGUUAAUGAUGUUGUUCUGUCAAUUAGAGGAAUUCCUUUUUCAAAGAUGGUUGAUUUGCAUUAUCAAGUUUUUGGUUGUUAUUUUGUGUUGUGAGUUCAUGCAAUGGAGUAUGAUUGAUUGCCCAGAAAUGAUGAGUAUUCUACUUGGAACAA